AGACCCGUUUAUCUUAUUCUAAUCAGUUCCAUAUUACGUAUUCUUUCAGUUUAAACUUUCUAUUAUUAAGAUCUGAAUACUAUAAUUUAACCAGUGUAGACUUUACUUUCUGCUAAAAAUGUAUCUUAAAUUGGUGAUGUGAAUCUUUCCCACUUUGACUAUGGCUGACCAAAUACUUAUUGAUGUUCCUCAUCAAGAGCAAGAAUGGAGCUGGGACUGUGGUUUAGCAAGUGUGAAAAUGAUUUUUCAAUAUUAUUCAAUUCCGUAUAGGAAAGAUUUCAAUGAAAAGAAAAAAGCCUUGUCUAUUCACACUAGCGUAUGGACCAUUGAUUUGUUUCGUUUAUUAAGGGCAUAUAAUAUCCCUUGCCGUUUUGCCACGAUAACACUUGGAGCUAAUAAGGAUUAUAAGUCGAUGAGCUUUUAUACCGAGGCAUUUAGAAAGGAUGAAUGUCGGAUUAAUUCCAGUAUAUCAAAUGCCGUUGAAGGUGGUCUUGGUGUCGAAAAACGGCACGUUACACUAUCAGAAAUAAUAGAACAUUUAACUAAAAAUCUGCCUAUUAUUGCUCUAAUUGAUUCAAGUAACUUGAAAUGUUUACAAUGUCAUAAUUUGGACAUUCUUUCAAGUAUAUGCCUGGCACCAUGUAUGAAAGGAUAUCAGGGCCAUUUUAUAGUUGUUCGAGGAUUCCAUAAACAAAAAGAAAUAAUAUAUUAUUCAAAUCCAGCCAAGAGUACUGAUUUAUGCUGUUGUACAUUCAAGGUUUUCGAAGAAUGUCGAACAAGUUUUGGUACAGAUGAAGAUCUAAUAUUUAUCGACAAGGAGCAUACAUCCGAUAUGUGCUAUAGCUUGCUGUAG